AUGAAUCUAGCCGACAUUUCGUACUUUACUGGCAUGUGCACCAUGACUGCAGAAUCCCAGCAGUCGCCCACGGAGGCUUCCUCUGCUUCGAGCCCCCUGGAUAGCUCCGCGGACGUGUCAAUGGGGUCGCCGGGAAAGGAUGAGGUGAUGGUCAAAUCGGAGCCCAGAGGUAACACGCCGAGCGCGGAGAGAGAUGACGAGAACGUGGGGGAUAUUGAGGGACUGGUACCGACUACUGGAGGCAGAAGGAGGAAGCGUCCAAUCCAGCGUGGCAAACCUCCAUACAGUUACAUAGCACUGAUCGCCAUGGCCAUUGCCAACUCACCAGAAAGGAAGCUGACCCUUGGGGGUAUUUACAAGUUUAUAAUGGACCGGUUCCCAUUCUAUAGGGAAAACUCCAAGAAGUGGCAAAACUCAAUCCGCCACAACCUAACCCUCAAUGAUUGUUUUGUCAAGAUUCCUCGCGAGCCUGGCCGCCCUGGGAAGGGCAACUACUGGACGCUGGAUCCGGCAGCUGAAGAUAUGUUCGAUAACGGGAGCUUUUUACGCCGAAGGAAACGUUUCAAGCGAUCAGACAUCACUACCUAUCCAGGCUACAUGCAAAAUUCCAGCGCCUUCACUCCAACCCCAGUUGGGAGACCUUCCUAUCCCAAUACACUCUAUCCAAACGUGGGCUCGGGCUACAGUCCUCAGGUCCACACUGCUAGCCACCACCCGGCCAUGUUGCAUCAUUACCAAACCUCAGCAGUGAGCCAGGCUCAGCACAGGAUGUUCAGUAUUGACAAUCUCAUUAGCCAACAGUCUGUUCUACAGGCCUCUUCAGGGAUUGAUUUGAACUCUCACGUAAAUGGGGAACUGGGACCGAUGGCCAGUUGUUCAGUUGGUGGGGCAGAUGCUUCGAGUUUUCAGUCGCAGUCGGUAAGCCCCACUGGGAUGGGGGCCAUGUUGAACAGGUCUUCGAACAGCGUGACUUCGAACAUGACCUAUUCCUAUUCCACGUCCCCUCCUCACUUACCUAUGCCCCAGGCCAGCUAUUCACCCAAUAAUAGCCAGAUGUAUUGUCCUUCAAAUCGACUCGCCAUACCGUCCAUGAGAGCAAACACCUGCUCCGACCACACUGAGCAACUUUUGGGCUUAUCCAACCAUCAGGUUAAUGGACUUACUCAGCUCAAUGGCAACACCACCUACAUGAGACAGACAAAUUAUGCACCUGGACUUGAAAGAUUCAUGUAG